ACUCCUAGUCUCUACAUCUCGGAACUCCAGUUGCGGCGGCGGCGGCGGCGGCUAAUCCCCAAAACCCUCUUGCUUUAUACAGACGUCUAUUGCAGGGCUUUAUACUCUGGUUAUUUUCUUCUCUUCUUUUGUGGGGUUUGAGUUUAUAUUCGAUGGCUUCUACGAAUUCUGGUACUGAAUCAAACAAUGGACAUUCGAGCUCAAGCGAACCAGAGACGCCCCAAAUUAGGCCUGUUCGAAUGCCAACAAUGGAGGAGGUUCGUGCCCAAGAAGUCUGGGAUAAUUGCGCUGUGCGCGGUGUCGUUAGUGGAGUCAUGGGAGGUGGAUUUGGAUUUUUCAUGGGUAUGUUACUGGGUUCUUUGGAAAAUCCUAUAAUGCAAGAUGAAUUGACUACCAAGCAAAAAUUCAUUUAUCAGGCGAAGCAGAUGGGGCAAAGAAGUUGGAGUUCAGCAAAAACAUUUGCAGUUAUGGGAUUGAUUUUCUCUGCUGUUGAGUGUGUUGUUGAGAAGUCCCGAGCAAAACAUGACAUGACAAAUACAGUUGUUGCUGGUUGUGCAACUGGAGGUGCAAUGUCAGCAAGAGGUGGUCCGAAAGCAGCAUGUGCUGGUUGUGCAGGUUUUGCAGCAUUCUCUGUUUUCAUAGAGAAGAUUUUUGAUAGACAUGGUUGAGGUUGAGGUUGAGGGGAUACCAAUCCUGCUCCAGUUUUGCAGACAAUGAUUAAUUUAUAGAUUUCACAAAGAAGCCACAACUUUUCUGCAGAAUACCUCACAUCAUUUUUGCUAUUUUACUUAAAUUCGAUUCAAAUACAGUCUAACUAUUCAAAGGAUAUGUCAUUAAAAGUAUUGUACCAUUCCAAAUUUUUUUCUUCAAUUGUAUCAAUGACUUAAAAUCUCAUUAUGAGUUUGUAUUCCAGUGAUAAUUAAGUGACAAAACUGCC